AUUUUUUCUCGGUGAAAGAGACUGCGACCUCUUAACUAAUCCAUAGUAUAAUUUUUCUAAAACGUUACAAAUCUUGCCGACUUUUCAUUCUCUAAUCAUUCUUAUAACUCCAUUUGUUUUACUAAACAAACAACAUUUAUUGUCAAUCUUGGUUGCUACCUUCAAAAGAAAGAAAGAAAGAUCAACUCAUCAGAAAGCUACUUUGAGAGAAAGAGAGUGAGCUCUGAGAAAAUCACCAAUGGCUUCGAAGCUUGUAGUCAUAAUUGUGUUCAUCCUCGAUCUCGUCGCCGUUGGUUUAGCCAUUGCCGCCGAGCAGAGAAGAAGUGUCGGGAAGGUUGUAACGGACACUGAGAAGACAUAUGAGUACUGCGUGUACGGCACGGACAUUGCUACGAGCUAUGGAGCUGGUGCAUUCCUUCUCCUCUUUAUAAGCCAAGUCCUUAUUAUGAGUGCUAGCCGCUGCUUCUGCUGUGGGAGGUCCCUAAACCCCGGCGGUUCAAGAGCUUGUGCCCUCCUUCUCUUCCUCAUUUGCUGGGUAUUCUUCCUGGUCGCUGAGGUAUGUUUGCUUGCGGCAUCAAUCAGAAACGCGUACCACACGAAAUACAGGAAGAUGUGGAACAUCGAUAACCCGCCGAGCUGUGAAGUUAUAAGGAAAGGAGUGUUUGCAGCCGGUGCUGCUUUUACCCUCUUCACCGCCAUCGUCUCUCAGUUCUAUUACGUUUGCUACUCUCGUGCUAGAGAUGCUUACCAGAAUCCGUCCUACUAAAAACAUGUCAUACUUUCACAGCAAGAUACGUUUAGGCUUCGAGAGUUGGAAACCAUAUUCAUGUGGGCAGUUGUGAGUUUGUUUAGUUUCAAGUGAUACUACUUAUCCGAUGUGAUGUUAAAAAUUUGAUGGUUUGUCUUGAGGAUGAUACAUUGAGAAGUGAUUGUUUCUUGUGACGUAGGUAUAUUUGUCGUGCGUCUCGUAUAAUGUAUAAGGAGUAAAAAACAUGCUUUUAUAUUUAAACAAAAAAACAGAGAAAACAUGCUUUGUGAAUCA